GCUUCUUCAGUCGCCUCCUUGUCGGAUCACACUGCGGAUCAGACGGGGUGACCAUUGGUGCUUUCUGGGGGUCAAAAAUGGUGAAAAUUACGACGGUGAAGACCAAGCCGUACACGGACCAGAAGCCUGGGACGAGCGGUCUGAGGAAGAGAGUGACGGUGUUCCAGCAGAACCAGCACUAUGCUGAGAACUUCAUUCAAAGCAUUAUCUCUGUCAUCGACCCUGCCGAGCGCCAGGCAGCCACUCUGGUGGUGGGAGGAGAUGGAAGGUUUUUCAUGAAAGACGCGAUUCAGUUGAUAGUUCAGAUCGCAGCUGCCAACGGGAUUAAUCACCUGGUAAUUGGUCAGAAUGGCAUCAUGUCCACCCCAGCAGUCUCCUGUGUGAUCCGCAAGAUAAAGGCAGUGGGUGGUAUUAUCCUCACAGCCAGCCACAACCCAGGAGGCCCCAGUGGAGAUUUUGGCAUCAAGUACAACAUUGCCAGUGGAGGACCUGCUCCCGAGGGCAUCACAAACAAAAUAUUUGAGGUCAGCAAAAGCCUGCAGGAGUACCACAUCUGCCCAGAACUCAAAGUGGAUCUGGCCAAGAUUGGCAAGCAGACCUUUGAAGUGGACACUUUCAAGCCUUUCAUAGUGGAGAUUGUGGACUCAGUUGAAGCCUAUGCUGAGAUGCUGAGGGGCAUCUUUGACUUUGCUGCCCUGAAGGAUCUUCUCUCUGGAGCCAAUCACAUUAAUGUCCGACUGGAUGCUAUGCAUGGAGUGGUUGGUCCGUAUGUGAAGAAGAUUGUGUGUGAAGAGCUGGGUUCUCCUGCCAACUCUGCUGUCAGCUGUGUCCCCCAGGAAGAUUUUGGUGGCCACCACCCAGAUCCAAACUUGACUUAUGCUGCUGACCUGGUCAACACUAUGAAAGGAGGAGAAUAUGACUUUGGAGCUGCCUUUGAUGGUGAUGGUGACCGCAACAUGGUACUGGGUAAACACGGCUUUUUUGUGAAUCCCUCUGAUUCUGUGGCUGUCAUUGCUGCUAACAUUACUGGCAUCCCAUACUUCAAGAAGACUGGUGUCAGAGGUCUGGCACGCAGUAUGCCAACCAGUGGAGCUCUUGACAAUGUGGCUAAAGCUCUACAGAUGCAACUGUACGAGACUCCAACCGGCUGGAAGUUCUUUGGGAACCUGAUGGAUGCUGGUAAACUGUCAUUGUGUGGAGAGGAAAGCUUCGGCACUGGCUCGGAUCAUAUCCGUGAGAAAGAUGGCUUGUGGGCUGUUCUCGCAUGGUUGUCAAUCUUAGCCACCAGAAAGCAGAGCGUGGAGGAGAUCAUGAAGGAUCACUGGCAGAAGUUUGGCAGAAACUUUUUCACCAGGUACGACUAUGAGGAGGUUGACUCAGAUGCUGCCAACAAGAUGAUCAAGGAUCUGGAGGCGCAAAUGUUCGAGCCUUCUUUUGUAGGAAAGAAGUUCUCAUCCGGAGAUAAGACUUAUGAGGUGGCUGUUGCUGACAACUUCGCCUACACAGACCCUGUGGAUGGCAGCGUAUCUAAAAACCAAGGUCUCCGGAUCAUCUUCUCUGACGGUUCUAGGAUAAUCUUCCGUCUCAGCGGUACAGGCAGUGCGGGUGCAACCAUCAGGCUCUACAUAGACAGCUAUGAGAAGGAUCCCCAGAAAAUUUACCAGGAUCCACAGGUGAUGCUGGCUCCUCUGGUAGACAUCGCUCUUAAGGUCUCUGAGCUCCACAAGAGGACGGGACGUACUGGCCCAACUGUGAUCACAUGAUUCCUCUACCACACUGCCUCCGCUCAUGAGCAACAGGAUACCUCCACCGUCUCUGGGAUGAGGCUGCCCCUGAAUGCUGUCUUCGUUUCAGUAGUUGGCUGUCCUUAAAAUACAGUUAGAUGAAAAUGGGUUGAAUACAAGGAAAUACAUGAGGAACACUUGAUUUUGCACAAAUGUUUUCACUGCCAUCUUCUGUUACAAGACUGUAGUUGGCUAUUUAACUGUUUAGAUAUCUAAUUAAUUUUCUUGAUACCUUUAAGUAAUCUGUCUGACAUGUUGCAUGUUCAAGGCAUCUGUAGGGAAAGGUUGGAAAAUUAGUACAUUUUUGUCACCUUAGUAGCCUAUGCUUGUGAUGUAAGAGAAGUAAGUUUGAGUGAAGCAGAUUUGAGUUUAUCUCAUGUAAUUUCUCAAAACCUUUUUUGUUAUUGUCCAGCAUUUUUUUUAUCAUGUAAUGCAGAAACUGCUAAACUGAGCAUAAAUCAGCAUUGUGGGGCAACUUCACCCCUUUCCCUCCACUUUUCCCAUGAUGACCCAGUGCCUUCCCUUUCUGUUUUCUUCCAAGAAUCACCAAAAUAGCCUCUCAACCUGAACCACAGCAAAUGUUUUGCGAUCCAACACACCCGUCAUGAAUAAAAUUCCCUUCCAUAAAA